CGAUCACAAAUAUCAAAAAGGAAAAAGCAACAACUACACAACACGUGCCAAUAAGACUUUUUUCGGUAGACAGCAAUAGAUGUAAGCAAUGAACACUGCCACCUUUAUUUAAUAAACAAGAAACAGCUGUUUUCCUGUUCGUCAAAAAGUUGUGGUGCCGUAUGUAAACGGUUAAAUGCGUAAACAAAGUGUGAUUUCACAAGAUGGAUAUAUCGAGAAACAUAAAAUUUUCGGAUACGUGUAUUAUGCUACAGAGAAUAAAAAAGGCUACAAAUCAAGCGUCAAAAGAAAAGCUAAUACGUCGCUAUUACGAUUCAUUUCAAAAGUUUCGGCAAAUAUUCCGUGAUAGAGUGGGACUCACUGCAGCAGAUCCGGAGGAUGGUGGUACCAGUUUCUUUUGCAUCCUUAGAUGUUUAAUACCCCGUGAGGAUAUGUCUCGUAAAGCAUAUGGACUCCAAAUAACAACGCUUGGUUGUGUAUAUACAGAAGUGUUACAACUAAAUAAAGAUUCCAGCGAUGCACAGCGUUUACAAGCGCGCACAUAUAACGGUCCUGGCAAUGAUUAUGGAGACAUCUUGUACACAGUGUUGAUGCCUCGAUGCAAUAAUGACCUUAGUGAACUAUCGCUUUAUGAUGUGCAUCAAAUGUUAGAUACUAUAGCAGAGGGUGAUCGCCAAGAUACGAAAAAGAUAUUAACCAGCCUAGCAGAGGUAGCAUCGGCCCAAGAGCAAAUGUGGUUCAUACGUUUACUGCUAAAGAACAUGCAUCUGGGAAUUGGUGAACAACGCAUUUUCACGCUCAUGCAUCCCCAAGCAAGAGAUCUCCAUAGACGUUGCUCAAAUUUAAAACGUGUGUGCUGUUUGGUGGCAAACAACCAAAUAAGCAAUGAAUCUAUAACAGAACAACCAAACGAAACUAAAAAUGCUAACAACACAUUCAACCUUAAUAACAUCGUACAACCCUUUCAACAUAUACAAGCUAUGUUAUGCGAAAUGUUUCAUGGCAGCUUAGAGCAAUUAAUGGCUGAGGACGUGCUUUAUUUGGAGACAAAAAUGGAUGGUGAACGUUUUCAACUGCAUUACGCCAAUGAGCAUUUCAAAUAUAUUUCACGUAAUGGCAUUGAUUACACGGCUAGUUUCGGUGAAGACUUCAUGACCGGAAAGUUGACACCAUUACUUCAACCACUAUUACCAAAUAAUUUACAAUCAAUAAUCCUCGAUGGUGAAAUGAUGGUCUACGAUAUGCAGCAAAAAUGCUAUCGUGACAAAGGCGAAAAUACAGACGUCAAACAUUUGGAUAACAGACUAAAUUGGAGACCUUGCUUCGUGGUCUAUGACGUGCUCUAUUUAAACGGUAGCAGCCUUCUGGAAAUGCCCUACGUGCAGAGAUGCCAAAAAGUCGUUGAACUUAUUAGCACAGAGCAGUCUGGUAUAUUGCAAAUAAUGCGUCCAAUCAAAUUAACAACAGCAGCACAGUUCCAAGAGCUUUUUCAGCAAGCACUAAAUGCGCAGGCGGAAGGGGUAGUGCUGAAAAAACAAAACUCCAUUUACAAACCAGGCAUACGCAAUGGUGGCGGUUGGUACAAAAUAAAAGCUGAUUACAUUACUGGCUUGACCACAGAAUUUGAUUUGCUAGUCAUAGGUGGUUUCUACAAUAGAGCGCGCACUUUCAUACAAUCCUUUUUGCUUGGCGUACUCAAGUACAACUCCGAAACACAGUACGAAGUUUAUAGCGUGGGCAAAGUAGACAAUAGAACACGCCAGAGGGCAACGUUGAAUGAUGCACUCAAACAACAUUGGCAGGAUUGUAAACGAGAGCCACCACCUUGUUGGUAUCAUUACAAGCAAAGCAGUGCUGAAGGCAGGCCCGAUGUGUGGAUCGAACCAAAUAAAUCAGUCAUACUGCAAAUCAGGGCCACCGAUUUAGCGCGUUCGUCAGCUUUCGUUUUGUCUAAGUCAUUGCAUUUUCCGCGCGUUGAAAUGUGGCGCAACGACAAACUGUGGCACGAGUGUCUCUCGUUGCAUGAUUACAUGGCAAUGAUACAGGGGGAAAGAGGUAUCAAAAAAAUCCACAAGCGACAAGUGGAGUUAAGUGAUUUGACAUUGCCACAAAAGAAGCGUAAAUUAACUGCGGCAGAGCGGCGCAAAUUGGGCGUUUUAUCAUAUGAACGCCGUUUUAAUCCAGAUGAGGUAGAACAAUACUCAAAUUUGUUCGAGGGCUUCUCUUUCUGCAUACUGAGCGCAAGUUUGAAAACCGGUUACACGCCUGAGGCACUCAAAGCAUUGGUGGUCACCAAUGGCGGCAAAAUAGUCGAGAAUCCCAUACAGGACUCUAAAUGCAUAUCGGUGGCGGGUGAUAUAACAUUUCGGGUGGAGACUUUGUGCAAAUCGCGUCGUUACAAUAUUGCCAAACUAAGCUGGCUGGUGCACACCUGUGAUAAGCAAGAGUUGGAACUAACUCCAAUUGACAUGAUUUGCAUAACCAACGAGCUGGAAUCCGAAUUCCGCAAAAUAUUUGAUAAAUAUGGUGAUUCAUACACGGAGUGCACGAAUGCUGACCAAUUGAUUAGGGUGCUGGAGGGCAUAAAAAUUGAAGACAUCGCUGUCGCGGAGCCAUCAUCCGCCGACUUAGAAGAACUUGAAACGAUGUUAUUUGAUGAAUCCGUCGAUUAUUUUACAAAUUGUAAUGCUGUAUUCUUUAGCAUAGAUAAGCAAACGGAAUUGGCGAAAUUAAUUUUCCAGUAUUUUGGCGGCAAGUGCUUUGAAGUAAAUGUGUGCAACUUUCAAAGUAUUAAAUAUGUACUGGUCAAUAUAAAUAUAAUUGAUAAAGUUAAAUUGAAAGCGUGGAUUUCAAAGCACUUCAAAGAUUAUUUGGGCAACCUUUAUGUCGUUAACAUUGCCUGGAUAUUACAUUCACAACGCGCCAAAAGGAAACUUGAUAUACUUGAAUAUAUGUGGAACGAAAUUUAAUUGUAGAUAAUCAAUAUUGUAUAUGUGUUUGUGCAAGUUGCAAAGCUGUUGUUGAAUUUUUGUAGUGUAUUAUUGUAAAUUUUUUCAAAAGUUGCAAAUUUAGUUCUUUAUUAUACACGUUUGUAUUACAAGUUUUUGAAAAUAUGUCUUCUAUUGUUUUAUAUGCCAAUUAUUUUUAAUUAAAAUUUAUAGUCAAAAGUCUAACAAUUUAGAAAAUCACUAAUAUUUAUAAUUAUUAAGUGACAAUAUUCACUGCUAUUAAAAUACAUACAUAUAUGCUAUAUAAUUUAAUUUUUCUAUAUAUGUAUGUAGAAACAUAUUAAUUUUUUAAGGUCCAACUGUGGAUUAAGGCAAGCUGUACGCAGACACAAUAUUGUCACAAUAUUCUAAAAACAUUUAAAAGCAGAAAUAAAAACAAGAAAAAACCUCAGUUGAUUUCAA